UCCCCCAAAUCUGAGAGAAGCAAUGAAAGGAGGAAGGAAGAAUCUGAAGAGGGCUGUGGAGGAGCAGAGCUUGACCCUCAGCGAUGGCCAUUCUAUAAUGCAAGUGGUUUCUCUACGUGGUUCCAAUCUCAUUGAGGUAAUGGAUGCAAAAGGAGAGAAAUAUUUGGCGUUGUUUCCGGCUAAGUUUUCAAAGAGCAUGUGGAUAAAACAAGGGAGCUUUGUUGUGGUUGAUGCAAGUGAGAAGGACAAGGUUAUUGAAUCAGGCGGUAAGGUGGCAUGUAUUGUUUCCCAAGUUCUGUUUUUCGAACAAGUUCGUGCACUUAGGAAAUCACCAGAAUGGCCUGAAAUCUUCAAAUCCACGGUUUCAGAAGAACCAUGUGGAAGUCUGAAGGGACCUACCACCAAGCAAGAAGGGAAUGAGAAUGACAAUGAGGAUGACUCUAGUGAUGAUGAUGGACUUCCUCCAUUAGAAGCCAACAUGAACAGGAUGAGACCAUCUGAAUGGCAAUCAGAGGAAGAAUCGAAUUCAGGAACAGAUUCAGGAACUGAUUCUUGAAUAACUGCAGUAGAUAAACAAAUAUGUGGAACGGAACGGAAUGAACAUAUGACAUUUAUUUAUUCUAAGAUGAUGUAUUAAAGAUACAAACAUAGCUAAUUGCACAUGACAUUUAUCCA